GUCAGGCCUGUAGAGAGCAAGAAGAAGAGGAGAGGGAGAGCUCUGCCAGAAUUUAUAUCUUAUAGUUUCUGUGCUUUGCUGUGCCAUACAGAACAGCAUCCUAUCACAACCCACACACAAUCCGUGGGGCGGUGUCUUCUAUUUGUUUGUGUCUGUUAGUAUCAGAGUGUACCAGUCUACUUUCAAUGCUCUAUUCUACAAUACCUAAACGUGUGAUUAAAAUUAUGAGGUAGUUUAAAAAUAAAUAAAUUCUACCACAUGUGAUGCUCCUCAGCCUCACCUGCUCAUCAUUGAAUGCGCAACCUUUUUCUCUCGGCUUUCUGAUCAGUUGAUCUGCUGACUCACAGGCGGUUUACUUCUGGCUAAAAAUGUCCCGCACAACCAGAAAGUAGCAAGGAGACGCCGGCGCACGCUCACAACUCUCCUCUGACUCCGACAGCCUCCGCUUCAGCAGGGGCGCUGUUCGCUUAUGCUCUCUCCGCACCGCGCUCCUCGACGCGGAACUCGCAGCGUGUUUACCUUUCCACUGGCUCUCUUUGUUCCGGAGGCUCCCGGUGGGGAGAAGCCGCAGAAUGUGCGCCGUGCAGCUGCUGCGGGUGUCGGUCCACGAGCGGAUCAGCGCCGCCGCCGAAGACUUCCUGCUGCGGCUGGAGAAGGGAGAAGAAGCAGCCGAGCUCCCGGCGCUGAGAGCGCUGCUGACCGAGCGGCUGACGGCGGCCGCGGAGGAGAUCGUCGCACUGCUGGAGGAGACCGUGGCGGAGUACCAGGACAGAGUGGAGCGCUCAGAGCGGGAGAUCUGCCGCCAGAGGAGGCUGCUCGAUGCCGUGCUCAAGCCCGAAGUCCGGCUGCAAGCGGCAGUGUUUCCUUCAGAUGUUCAGCAGCCGUUGGGGAGCAAAGAUGAAGUUUCCCGUGAACACCAGGAGAAGAGCUCCAGCCUGGACCCGGGGGAAGACCCAGUGCCCCCACAGAUUAAAGAGGAAGAGGAAGAAGCCUGGGCCAGUCAGACAGGAGAACAGCUUCAGGACCUGCAGGUAGCUGAAAUCACCACGUUCACAUUCAGCCCUGUGCACGUGAAGAGUGAAGAUGAUGAGGAGAAGCCUGAGUCCUCACAACUUCAUCACUGCUGGACUGAGGAGAGCAGAGGCUCGGAGGGAGGACCAGAAGCAGACAGGAACUCAGAUCCAGAUCCACUGUUACAGCCUGUUAGUGAAGACAACUCUCUGGACUCGACUGAAACUGAUGACAGUGACUGUGACUGGACACAAACAAAGGAAGCCCAGUCAGGUAGAGAUGUUAAAAAUCCUGACAGUGAUGUUGGCACUGUAGUCAAGGAGAGACCAUUUCCCUGCUCAUAUUGUGGGAAAAGAUUUAGCCUUAAGGGAAAUUUGAACAGACACAUAAGAGACCACACAGGAGAGAGACCAUUUCCCUGCACAGACUGUGAUAAGUCAUUUAAAGACAGUGGCUCCUUAACGGCACACAUGCGAUGUCACACUGGGGAGCAACCAUACAGCUGCUUGUUCUGUGGGAAAAAUUUCAGUGGGAGGGGAAACAUGACCAGACACAUGAGGAUCCACACAGGAGAGAAACCGUUCACCUGCUCAGUGUGCAAUAAAAGUUUUCAUGUUAAAGAACAUCUCAACAGACACAUGAAGUACCAUACAGGGGAGAAACCUUUCAGCUGCUCUGUCUGUGGGAAAGGCUGUGCUCAGAAAACAGACUUAAAGAAGCACAUGAGAGUUCACACAGGAGAGAAACCCUUCAGCUGUCCUUUCUGUGGAAAGUGCUGCGCAGAAAAAGGAGACCUAACCAAACACAUGAGAGUCCACACAGGAGAGAAACCAUUCAGCUGUAAUAUCUGUGGGAAAAGCUGUGCCCAAAAGGGGAGCCUGAAGAUCCACAUGAGGAUUCACACAGGAGAAAAACCAUUCAGCUGCUCUGUUUGUGAGAAACGUUUCACUGUUACGGGACAUCUAAAGAGACACAUGAAGCUGCACACAGCAGAGAGUCAUCCGCCUGGGUCUGCAGAGUCACAUUCAGGCAAAAGUAGAAAAUGAUGAGUCAGCAAACACAUUGUGACGCACAAUGGCCUUCUCAGACUGAUCAGCUGUUGCUGGAGAUGGAACUGAUAAAAUAUACAAUCAUUUACAAUGAAGAGGAUACAAUGAGCAAUGAAUGUUUUUUUGUUCUACAACCAAAUCAAAACAGGCUUAUAAAAAGUGGCGAGUUUUGAUAGGAGUGUAACAGUUUGUCUUUUUACCAGGAGCUGUGAAUGCAUCUCUUACAAAGCUUGAUGUCCUAUUUAUUAAAAAGUGCAGGUGGAAAUAUGUUUCACAUGAAUCUGACAGGUGUGAACAAAAAAGUACAUCCUCAUAUCCACUUUUUUCCAGAUGCAGUGUUCCUUUUAAUAAAGCGCCAGGAAGGACAUUUAUGUGGAUCAUAUAAAUGUAUUCACCGGCAAACUCUCACAUUCAGCUUUAAAUGUUCAAGAAAAAGGUCUGCAUGCACAAGUGUUACUGCAGGACUUGUAGUGUGUGCAACAAUCAGAUUUAUUAUUGUCGGGUCAAAGCGCCUUUGGUUGACUGUUGUUGUGAACUUGCGAUUAUUUAAUUAAAAUUAAACUCAACAAAUCUGCUGCUGUCCAAAUGAAUGUUGCGAUAUUGUUUGAAAUUGAGGCUUUGAUCAAUCUGGUUUAAUUUUUCUUUUUCUUUUUUAAUAUACCGUAUUUUCACGACCAUAAGACGCACUGUGCUAAAAGG